AUGGUGGCACGGGUGAUGCUCAAGCACGGUUAUGAGCCCGGAAUGGGUCUGGGCAAGGACGACCUCGGGAAUGCUGAUGUGGUCGACAUUAGGGGAAACCCGUACAAAUAUGGGUUGGGGUAUGAACCAGGGAUGCCGGGAAGGAGGAAUGCGCCGUCAAGACUCCGGGCAGAUAGGGCAUGGCCCGGCCAUGUUAGCCAAUGUUUCACCUGUGCCGGGAUAAUGUUCGAGGAAGAGGUGGCGGCAAUAAGAGAGGAGUCUCCACAAGACCCGCCAAGUCUCGGGAUCCACAAAAUUCAGAAGAAGCUCAAUGAAGUGGAGGAUUUAGCAUCUAAUAGAAGCCUAUCUGAUGAUGAGAUAAAGGCUAAGAGAGAAUUACAACAAGAAUUGUGGGAGGCCUCAAUAGCUUAUGAAUCUUUAUUAAGGCAGAAAUCUAGAGCUAAAUGGCUAAAAGAAGGGGACAGCAACUCAGCUUAUUUCCAUAAAGUCAUCAAUUUCAGAAGACAUUAUAAUGGUCUUCAAGGAAUUCUCAUUCAGGGUGAAUGGAUUCAGAACCCCAAUGAUGUUAAGAAGGAGGCUAGGGAGUUUUUGGCUGUUCCUUUUUCGGAUUUGGAGAUCAAAGAAGCAGUGUGGAGUUGUGAUGGGGACAAAUGUCCUGGACCUGAUGGCUUCAACUUCAAAUCCAUUAAAGAAUUUUGGGAAAUGAUGAAAACUGACUUCAGAAAAUUUGUAGAUGAAUUCCAUGUGCAUGGCAGCUUCCCUAGAGGCAGUAAUGCUUCUUUCAUAGCUCUAAUUCCCAAAACCAAACACCCCCAGUCAUUUGAUGACUACAAACCAAUCUCCUUGAUUGGAUGUAUGUACAAGGUGAUAGCUAAGUUAUUAGCAAAUAGAUUGAGACAAGUGAUAUUUGGUCUUAUUGAUGAGAGGCAGACAGCUUUCAUAAAAAACAGACACAUCCUGCAUGGCAUACUAGUUCUUAAUGAGGUGAUUGAGGAAGCUUGUAGAAGCAAAAGGCCAGCUAUGGUUUUCAAGGUGGAUUUUGAAAAGGCCUAUGACUCAGUCUCAUGGGUUUUUUUGGAUUAUAUGCUGCAAAGAAUAGGUUUUUGUCCCAAAUGGAGACACUAG